GGCUCAAGUUCAGUGGCAGCGACUCGCCCCCGGCAACUCUUCGGUUCCAUCCCCGCAGAAACCAAUACCAUGGCUGACAUUCACAACGACGAAGAUCUCCUCGAGUAUACCGAGGAGGCCGAGCCCGAGACCACUGGAACCAAGGAUGUUGCCAAGGACAAGGGCUCUUACGCUGGUGCCCAGACCGCUGUCUUCCGUGACUUCCUUCUGAAGCCCGAGCUUCUGCGUGCCAUUACCGAGUGCGGUUUUGAGCAUCCUUCUGAAGUGCAACAGGAGUGCAUUCCUCAGGCCAUUCUGGGCGGUGAUGUCCUCUGCCAGGCCAAGAGCGGUAUGGGCAAGACUGCGGUUUUUGUCAUCUCCACCCUCCAACAGCUGGAGCGUGAGGAGGGCAAGGUCAAUGUCCUUGUCUCGUGCCACACCCGUGAGCUUGCUUACCAGAUUGCCCGCGAGUACGAGCGCUUCUCCAAGUUCUUCGACCCCGUCCCCAAGACGGCUGUCUUCUAUGGUGGCACUCCCAUCGGCAAGGACGAGAAGGUCCUCCGUGACGAUGUCCCCAACAUUGUCGUCGGUACGCCCGGUCGCCUCAAAGCCCUGGUCAACUCUGGUGCCCUCAAGCUUUCCAACGUCAAGCACUUCAUCCUUGAUGAGUGCGACAAGAUGCUCGAUCAGCUCGACAUGCGCCGCGAUGUUCAGGAGAUCUUCUUGAAGACUCCCGUCCAGAAGCAGGUCAUGAUGUUCAGCGCCACCCUUUCCAAGACUUCGCGUGAAGUGUGCAAGAAGUUUAUGGAUGAUCCCAUGGAGGUGUCGAUCGAUGACGAUGCCAAGCUGACCCUGCACGGCCUCAAGCAGCACUACGUCAAGCUGCUCGAGGAGCAGAAGAACCGCAAGCUGCUCGAUCUGCUUGACGCCCUCGAGUUCAACCAGGUCGUCAUCUUUGUCAAGAGCGGCCGUCGCGCUGAGACCCUCUCGGCGUUGCUCCAGGACCAGAUGUUCCCCGCUACCCACAUCCAUGGUGGUCGCAUGCCCCAGGCUAAGCGCCUUGAGCGUUAUCAGCAGUUCAAGAACUUUGAGAAGCGUAUUCUUGUCGCCACCGAUGUCUUUGGUCGUGGCAUGGAUAUUGAGCGCGUCAACAUCGUCAUCAACUAUGACAUGCCCGAAGACACGGAGGAGUCAGAUGCCUCGGACACCUACCUCCAUCGCGUGGCCCGUGCCGGUCGUUUCGGCACCAAGGGUCUGGCCGUUUCUUUCGUCUCCACGGACGAGGAUGCCACCGUCCUGAACAAGGUCCAAGACCGCUUUGCCGUCCAGGUGACCGACUUGCCUGAGAAUUUGGAGAAGUCCCUUUACAUGGAGGAUGCUGCUUAA